AUGAGCAAUGCCACCGCCAACCCCCGUGCCAAUCGAUUCCGCAAGGUUUUCAGCCAGUCCUUGUUGCUGCCGCCUCCACUGCCUCUCAUCAACCUGCCGGAGGAAUCCCGCCUGGCCCGCACGGGCAUCCAAAGCCAGCGUCCGAUGCACCUGCCAGUGCGCAGACACAUCCCCAACCCGGUGGCCGUAGCCGCGUUGAAAGCCAAAGCCGACGGGGGUCCUAAGAGUCCCGAGGACUUCGACCAUCUCCAGCCGCCCAAGCGCGAGCCGAUCCUCCACGAAAGCCGAGCGCUACUCGAAUGCGAGGACGAGGGGUACGAGGAGCUCGAGGUACUCGCGCGUCUCCACGUGUAUGAGUACAACCAGCCCGACGUCUUCCGAGACAGCAGCGCUCCAGAUGACACGCUCAUCUUCGACUCGUUGUUCGAGGGCGGCAACCUGCAGCGCGCCGAGCGGAUCUUCCGCAAGACGCCGAAGUCCGGCUCAGCGUCUCACAUGCCCCUGCAGGAGUACGAACUGCUCAUCCACCCGGACAUCAAGAACGGCGCCUACCGUCAGUGGUUCUACUUCGAGGUGCGCAACGGGAGACCGGGGACCACCUACCGCUUCGCGCUCGUGAACCUCGCGAAGAGCGGAGCGCUGUUCGGCCAGGGACUGCAGCCGGUGGUUUACUCGGAGCACGACGCGGCAACAAAAGGUGUCGGCUGGAGGCAUCGAGGCACGCACGUUCGGUAUGACGUCGCCACAUCUCCCACAGCCCAACCAGGAGCCAACGCGUUGACUUUCCACUACGAGUUCGAGCAUGAGAACGACUGCGUGUACUUUGCCUGCAUCCAGCCGUACACGUACACCGAUCUGAUGGACUACCUGGAGCAUCUCGAGCGCGAUUCCCAGCGUUCACUUACGUGUCGUCGAACUGAACUUUGUCAGAGUCUGGCAGGGAAUCCAUGCGACCUGCUUUCCAUCACGUCUCCAGCGAAGGACGGGAUCCCCCACGACGAACGCCGGAUCAUCGUGUUGUCCGCGCGCGUGCAUCCAGGAGAGCCCAACAGCAGCUGGAUGAUGCAGGGCAUGAUCGAUUACCUCACAGGACCAAGCAGCGGCGCAACGAUACUCCGCCGCAACUUCAUCUUCAAGAUCGUGCCGAUGCUUAACCCCGACGGCGUCAUCAACGGCAAUACCCGCGUCAGUCUGGCUGGCUGGGAUCUCAACCGCAAGUGGAGCAACCCCAUCGAGCAGCUCUUCCCCACAGUAUACCACCUCAAGCAGCAGCUCGCACACUUCCAAGCCCACGGCCGCGUGGCCAUUUACUGCGAUCUUCACGGGCACAGUAUCAACCGCAACAUCUUCACGUACGGCUGCUACACCAGUAAGAAGAGGCCCAGUGGCUCCGACAGCGCUAAAUCUUCCGCUGACGCAGCCACGGCCACCAGUCCUGCCAGCAACACGGUAAAGACCGACCCGCGCGUCUUCCCCAUGAUCGUCGCGCGCCACGCGCCGUGUUUCUCCUUCGCUAGCUGCGACUUUAGUGUCCACAAAUCCAAGCUCACCACUGCGCGAGUCGUAGUGAACCAGGAGCUGGGCGUGACCAACAGCUACACCCUCGAAGCGAGCUUCUGCGGCCCAGACUUUGGUACGCACAAGGACACCCAGUUUUCCACCUGGGACCUCGAGGAAAUGGGGCGAUCGUGGUGCCAGAGUCUGCUCGUGUACUAUGGACUCACCGCGCAAGUCAAAGCAUUGGAUGCAGAGCGUGAGAGAGAGUCGCCUUGCGAGAGACCUCCUACUUGA